GCGAGUAUGCAAAUAAGGGGGUGGGGCUCUGCUAGCGACCGCCAUGGCGACGGGGGAUGGCGGUGGUGGCGCGCGCCGGCCUCCCGGAGCCAGCGCCGGGAUGCAGGCCCAGAUGGAGAACAAGAGGACCAAGAGGGAGAGUGAUGCAGUGGAAAAAAGGGGCCCAUACAUCAUGACCAAAGCUUCCUCCAUUCAUGCCAAACUGCAGAAGCAUCGAGAAAUGGCGAAGGCGGUGCUGCGGAGGAAAGGCAUCCUGGGGGCAACUGUUCAACAGCAACCAAAGCCAGCAGCAAAGAGGUCAGUGAAGUUUAACAAGGGCUAUGCUGCUCUCAGCCAGACAGCGGAUGAGAACCUGGUGUCCCUUGAUUCAGACAGUGAUGGGGAGCUGGAAUCAAGAUGUUCCUCCGGUUACUCCUCUGCAGAGCAGGUGAACCAGGAUCUAAGCCGUCAGCUUCUGCAGGACGGGUACCACCUAGAUGAGAUCCCGGACGAUGAGGACCUAGAUCUCAUUCCCCCAAAACCUGUUUCCUCGUCACCUUGUCCCUGUUGCUUCGGGGAGUCUCUCUCCUGCACAAUCCAGUAGGCACUGCUCAACCGGGGCUGCACACUACAAGUCAAGGGCCAGCACUUUCUACUGUGUUUCUUAGUACAUUAGUAUGCCUGAUAGAGGCAACUACAUUCAGCAUUGAACACUGGCAGAAACUGAAAUGGGCUCAAUGACUGAAGAACUGGAUGCUGCCACUGCUGCAGUUAUUGGCACCUGCUCAAGUUGAGCAGCAACAGUUGAUUAUCCCAAAGCUACUUUUUGUUACAUAUAGUGAUAUAAUAUAUAGCUAUUAUGUGUAGCUGUUCAGGUUGCCUGAAUGUGGAAAGAUGCUUCAUGCUGGCUGUGGGAGGAGGGAGAAGAGAGAACAUGUGCGUACUCUCACUCUUAAAGGAGAACUCCAAAGCUGUUUGUAAAGGGGAACAGCAAAGGUCUCAAGUCAGUAACCUAACAAGCUGGAGAAAUGCAAAUGAAGGCACUUGAGUCUGCAAACAGUCAUUCCUUUUCCUCAUGUGCCAUGGCUGGGGUUCGGGAUCUGGUGCUGCCUUGGGUGGUUGCCAUGUCCUUACAGACUCUGAACUCAGGAUGUAGCAGCUGGAUGGUCCCAGACCAGUGCACUUGAGGCCAUUCUGUUGACAUCUCCUUGAAGAGAGGGUUGUUCCGUAAGUACCUGUAUGGGCUGGGCCUAGAAGUUGGCUGACUCUGGCUGCUUUCAGUGGCACUUUCCUGAUCCCAACAGCUGAAUAAAUGAGCUUGGAUUUCACGGCACCUUUAAAGCUGUGGGCCACACCAAGCGUGCUGCCUUACUUAGGGCUAUAUGUUGCAUCCAAAUCCAUGUCUGGUGGACAGAAGUGAAAAGGUUAUGGAGGGAUUACUUCCCCACCAGCCCAGGUGCACUCACAUUAGUAGUGGCCUGAAAGGUUUGGCUGCUUGGUUCUGUGCUUAACUUCCUACUUGCCUUUUACUUGUUAAAACAGGGAGUUGGAAUAUGAUGCUGUACCUUUCCUGCUAAAUCUCAGGGCCUUUGUUUCAGAUCCUGUUGCUGUGGAAAAUACUCCCCCAGUCAAUUGCAGGGAGCUGUUUAGCUAAAAGUUAAUCUCUGUUCUAGUCGAAUGUUCUUUAAUGGUGCUUGUUCAACUACCAAGACAAUACAAGAGUGUUGUGGCUAUGUAGGUUUUAGUCCAGAACCUCUAGGUUAAGUAGUGAGCAGAUCAUUGUGUGUGGGGGUUUGGGGCAAGGACAGAAGACAAGGGGGGGGGGUUGUCUCUGACAUGAAGUUAAAAAGCUGCCUUAAAUCAGUCUCGCUGUGAUAUGCAGAGGACAACCAGCUUCUAAAGAAAUCUAACGUCUUAAGUAUUGCUACAGGGAACUAUGACAAAGUUUUAUAUAUUCCUGGUCAAGGAAAGUUUUGUUUGUAAUAAACUUGAUCGUGUGUUACACAAGCGGUGUGUUUUGCUGUAGUUGGGAGCAAUCACACACACUUCUUGGUGCAACUGAAAGAGUUGCUGGUUGACUUUUAGUAGAGAACUGGCAGAAUUCAGCCAGGCUUAGGUCUCCUGGAAGCUAUUUGUGACUGGCCUGAAGUACUACAAGCAAGGAGUGGGUGGGGGACUGCUCAGAGCUUUGAUCCUGGGUGAGGGAAUACCCUCCUCCCCCCAGGGGUCACAGGCACAUUUUGGUUAUCUUCCUAAUACCCAUUUUGAAAUAAAGUGCAGACAGUGCCCAGGA